AUGGUGAAAGAUUUUACCACCAACAGUGAAACAGAAUUUCCAGAUCAUUCUGUUAAUUACUCAUUUGAUUACAAUGAUGAAGUGGUAAUAUGCUUGGAUAUCAAUAAAGGGAGACUGGGGUGUUCAAUACUAGAUUGUCAUACGCAGACGUUAAAGCUGUUGAACAGAGACUAUAGUCUUAAUUUACCAAGUGCUCCCUUGCAGAGUGCUCCUAAUGAAUUGAGUGGGUUAUUAGAUGACUUAUAUUUGGUCAUCAAAUCGCUUAUUUGGGAAUGUUCCGCAACCUUAUGUUUACUCUCAUUACGACUGGAGGAAAACCUUUACAGUUUCAUCAAAAAAGCCUGUGCUGAAAUUAACUGCCGAAUAGAACUGCAAGCAACAAAUUCGUUCAAGAAAACAGAUCUUUUAAAUGCUCAAUCAUUAAAUGACAAUCGCAGUAUGUCACUUUUAUGCGGGAUUGUGGAGAGUGUGGAUAAUUCAACAGAGAUUACGGGCUCGACCGUAAGAUGUAUCCUUACAAAUUAUAAAAAACAUGCAGAGUUGGAUGAUUUGAAUACAUAUUCUUCUGGAAGAACACAUGAUAUAUCUAACCCUAUCCUACAUGUUGAAUCUAUAGAUCUUUCUAAUGUGUUAUUAAUUGAUGAAAAUACUUUGAAAUCACUUCAGAUCUUGCCUAUCUUCAAGAAAACAGGUACUGACAAAACCAUUGGGAAGAGAGAUAUGAGUAUUCUGGAAUUAUUGAAUCAUGUUUCAAACGGAUAUUCCAAAAACAUCCUCAAGUCAUGGUUAUUAGCUCCAUUGAGAAAGAAAAAGGAAAUAGAAACUAGAUAUGAUGUCGUUGAUAUAUUUCUUGGGAAAAAUAAUAGUUUAUUUUUUGAGGAAAUUCAGGAAAUUUUUAAAGGAUUCCCAGAUUUGUUCAAUAUAUUGAAACAGCUCCAGCAUGGUAAUGAAUCUGUAACAAUAUGGACCAACUUGGUUCAGUUUCUUGAGAGAGCUAUUCGACUUACUGACUGCCUUUCCAAAUUAGAUAUUGUUUCAACCUCAGAGAAUUUAAUACGAAGGAUUAUUUCUAAUGUCGAUUUAACUGUUUUUAAAACUUUAUUGAGAAAAGUUAAACAGACCAUUGACUUUGAAACUUCCAAAUACAACAAGGAAAUUGUUUUAAUAGAAGGAAUAAAUGAAAGAUUAGAUCAGCAUAAGCUGAUUUAUAAUGAGCUUGAGGUGAUUCUAACAGAAAUUGCAAAACAGGCAGAAAAUGAUUUAUUUCAAAACUUGAUGGAGAGAAAUGUAAGUCCUGAUAUGACCAGAGACAAGAUUGUUAAUGCAGUCUACAUUCCUCAAUUGGGGUAUUUAGUUACGGUAGAUUCAGUUAUUCAAGAACUAUCUGACAUCACGACACAACUGGGAUGGAAUGAGGUUUUUCGAACCAACACUGAUCUAUUUUAUAAAAACGAGGCCGUCUUACAACUUGACCAGAAAUAUGGUGAUAUCUAUGCGUCCAUAUCAGAUCUCGAGGUGGAGGUUUUGCAUUCAUUACAAGAAUGCGUUAUCAAAGAAAGGUUAAAAUUGAUGGAGUAUUUUCAAUUAUUUGCUCAGUUGGAAGUUCUUGUGUCUUUUGCUUAUAUUUCCCAGAGAAAUGGCUAUGUCAGGCCAGAAUUGUCCGAAGAUGAAUGUGUACUUGAUAUCAAAUCUGGUAGGCAUCCGUUAUACGAGAAUAUUGUCGAUACCUAUAUCCCAAAUGAUUUGGAACUGCUUGGUGGUAGUUUUGAUGAUACUUCAUGGAGUCGAGAGGGUAACAAGCGUAUAGGUAUUAUUACAGGUGCUAACGCCUCCGGAAAAUCUGUUUUUCUGAUUCAAACAGGACUAAUAGUUUAUUUGGCCCAUAUCGGAUGUUUUGUUCCAUGCGAUUCUGCAAGAAUUGGACUGGUGGAUAGAAUCUUAACUAGAACAAGGACCCAAGAUACUGUCUCACUACUAAAAAGCUCAUUCGAGUUAGAUUCAUUGCAAAUGGCAAGGUGUCUCUCUCAAAUGAGUAAGAAAAGUCUUAUACUAAUUGAUGAAUUUGGCAAAGGUACGGAUAUAAUCGAUGGACCCUCGCUCUUUGGCGCUAUUAUACAACAGCUAGCAGAAAGCAAAGAUUGUCCAAGAGUAUUAGCAUGUACACAUUUUCAUGAGUUAUUCAAUACAGAUGUUUUAGAUGAAGCUUUCCCCGGAGUUAAUUAUUAUAUGACACAAGUGUUGCUAAAUCAAGCACACAUUUCUAGUUCUCGGGAUACUUUAUGCAAAAACGUGGGAAUAACAUUCUUGUAUCGAAUUAAGGAGGGUAUAUCAAGACAGUCGUUUGGAGUUUACUGUGCGAAAAUAUGUGGCAUAAAAGAGAGUAUCGUGAAAAGAGCCGAGGAACUAACUUCGAUAAGGAAUGAUGGAUAUGAUGUUAUUGAUUAUUGUAGGAGACUUUCGAAGGACGAACUUACAAUUUUUCAAAAUAACCAAGAAAUAAUUAAAAAAUUCCUCUGUUGGGAUCUAGAUCUUGACUACACCUUAACCGAAAAAGAAUUAAGACAAAAAUUAGCUUCAAUCUUAAACGAGUGUGGUACCUUGGAAAAUGAGGAAUAUCAACCAUAG